AUGAUAUCGCUGCAGUCACACUUUGUGUCAUCGCUGACGGUGGUGUUUGUGAAUUCAAAGUCUCUGUCAUCUAUAAGAAUUGAUGACACAGCCGUUGAUGACCCUUCCCUGAAGUUUCUGGCCUAUCCAGGCAUCCUCUGUGUUGCAGAUCAAUACCACGGCCUGCGGGAACUGGCACUUAACUACCACCUGCUGAGCAAUGAGCUUCUUCUGGCCCUGUCCUUAGAAAAGAAAAUGCACCUGGAGCGCCUGCCCAUUGACCUGGUGAGCAAGAACCCAGGCCAAACCCAGUUCCACAACAUCAAGAAGAGCAGCUGAGACACUCUCAUCCCCCACUCGCCGCAUGUCAAAAUUGUAUACAUUUUCCUGUAUAAAGAAAAGUCCGAGUCCUUCUUUCACGAGGAGACAGCCUGCAUGUAUUUCAGCCAGGCAGUCAGCAAAGACAUGUUUGGCCAUAUCGGGCUCCCGUGUCUUGUGGACCUGGUGGUGUACUCGAAUAGGCUCUGGAUGAAGAAUUGAUUCGUACAGCAGAGCCUCACUCCUAUUGGUAUUUGUGAGUGGGGACUUAUGGAGUUGCAAAUCCACAGCGAGGUCUCUAAACAUCUGGACCAUAUUUGAUUCCCAGAUACGAUGCCUACGUGGUAGAACUGCAAAGCUUCCGUGUAGUUACCUAACAUGAACAUACAGACGUGUAGACAUAUUUACAGUGAUGCACUUGUCAUCAAAAUAUGUAGAUAUCCAAACUAGUCUACUUAUUAUUCUGACAAGCUGUCUACAUUUGGCAGGCAUGGUAGCCAUUACACAGAAUUGGGUAAUUAAAAUAUAUCAUGGGAAACAAAACAUCUGACAACACAUAUGGAAAAUCAUUGGGUGUAAAAGGCUGUGAGCUGGUGUAGUAUAAACAGGAUUUGUGAUCGGAUCUGAGAUGAGAUGGGAUUUUAAUGCAAUGUGUUUACAGUUCUACACACCAAUGUGCAAAAGAAAAUGGUUGUUUUUGUGAAGCUUAUUCAUACAUGAUAUUGACCCUGUGGGAUUUGCAUGUACACUGUGAGAAAAAUGGUACAAAGCUGUCAUUGGGGCAGUACCCUUUAAAAUUGUCCUAAUAUGCACCAUUUAGGUACAGAUAUGUAUACUUUUGGUAUACAUAUUCAAUAUUCACCUUUUUUUUAACCUUUUUUACUUUAUAGCUUAACCUUUCUCACAA